AUGGCGACCCUAGGCCAUACCCCGGACGAGUCGCUUGACAAGGUGAGCUCCUAUGUCGAUGAAAAGGCGGAGGGCACGAUCAACGACCCAUCGAGUGUCUUAUCCGAGUCCCACAAAUCAUACCUAAUUGAGCGCCAUGGCACCCUCGAUCUUGAUCCAAUUCCCAGCAUGGACCCGGCUGAUCCGUACAACUGGCCAGGGUGGAAGAAAACUACCAAUCUGAGUCUAGUCGCGUUCCAUGCUUGCAUGGGCACAUUCACGGCCGCUGCCAUUAUCUGUGCUUACGAAAACAUUGCUCUAGAUGUGGGCGUUUCCGUGCAGCGAGUCAGCUAUCUCACCUCAUUGCAGAUCGCCAUCCUUGGUGGUGCCCCGUUGUUCUGGAAGCCACUAUCUAGUCGAUUUGGACGACGUCCAGUCUUUCUAUUGUCAUUGAUUCUGAGUUGCGUGUGCAAUAUCGGCUGCGCAAAGAGCCCAGACUAUGCCUCCAUGGCGGCAUGUCGUGCCUUGGUAGCCUUCUUCAUUUCCCCCGCCAUGGCCAUCGGCAGUGGUGUCGUCACGGAGACAUUCUUUCGCCAUGAAAGAGCGCGUUAUAUGGGUAUUUGGACUGUAAUGGUGACACUCGGUGUUCCCGUUGGACCCUUUAUCUUUGGAUUCGUCGCCCAGCGUGUUGGUUACCGCUGGAUCUAUUGGAUUCUGGCCAUCACCAAUGGUGUUCAAUUUAUCCUAUACCUCUUCUUUGGACCCGAAACCCGGUAUAUCGGCGAUGAUGUCCAGAGUAAAGCAUCUGCAUUCAAGCGCGAGUAUACUUCUGUUCGCCGAAUCGACCCCACCCCAUUGAGACUGUCCGAAUUCUUCCACCCUCUCUCCCUCUUCACCAACAUUCCUGUUCUCCUCGCUGCGGUCGCAUACUCCAUGGUCUUUCUGUUUGCCUCAGUCAUGGGCUCCGUCGAAGUCCCCCAACUUUUGCAAUCCAAGUUCGAGCUAAAUGCUCAACAGCUCGGCCUUCAGUUCUUGGGAUUGAUUAUCGGCUCCCUUCUCGGUGAACAACUGGGUGGUGUCAUGUCUGAUAUGUGGAUGAACUCUCGUGCCAAACGCAUUGGCCACAAGCCUGCCCCGGAAUUUCGACUUUGGCUGAGCUAUAUCGGGUUUCUGUUGGCCAUUGCCGGCAUGGUUGUUUUCUUGGUAUGCACCGAGCAGGCAACAGAAGGCCAGUGGACGGUGACGCCGGUUGUUGGUACGGGUAUCGCGGCCUUUGGCAACCAGGUUGUCACUACUGUCCUGACGACCUACGCCGUGGAUACCUAUCCCCAAGAUGCUGGUAGUGUUGGUGUGUUCAUCAACUUUGUUCGCUCAACAUGGGGAUUCAUCGGUCCCUUUUGGUUCACCGAUUUGUUUAACAGUGUUGGUAUCGCGAAGAGUUCAGGUGUGGUUGCCGCGUUGAUCAUGGGUGCCAGCUUUAUUCCUACUGCACUUUUGCAGUGGAAAGGAGAGAAAUGGUACAGCCGGGAAUAA